AUAUUCAUGACCAGAUCCCUUCCCUUGGAAGUACUUUUUUCUCUCCCCAAAUUUUCAUUACCUGAUUCCCUCGUCCUUUUUUCUUCCAAAUAUCAAAACUCGCCCGUUUGUAGGGUUUUCUCCUCCUUCCACACCUCCUUUCUUCAAUUCUCCUUACCGAUAAGAAUUCCAGUUCCAUCUUUGCAGUCAAAGCUUGAUUUAUACAGUGUAUUUGUGUGUGUGGGUUUACAGCAAAUGUUGAUUAUCACCUUUUCCAAAUUUUAAAAGGAUUGGUGGAUGCUAUGGUGAACGGGAAGCUGAUACUAAUCUGCCAGUCCGGCGGCAGCUUUGUCACUAGCAGCGACGGGAGUCUGACCUACGCCGGUGGCGAGGCGAAUGCGAUGAACAUCACGCAAGAGACUGUGUUCGAUGACCUAAAGAUUAAGCUCGCCGAGGUGUGCGAUUUUGACCUCAACUCUGUCUCAGUCAAGUAUUUCCUCCCUGGAAACAACCGGACUUUGAUUAACUUGAAGACCGACAGGGACCUCAAAAGAAUGCUCGACUUUCAUGCCAGCUCUGUCACUGCGGAUAUCUUCGUCAGUGGGAAUUCAGGGUUUGAUCUCGGUGUCCCUGGCGCUUUCACAAACAGGGUACCCAGCGUAAAACUGGCUGAGAGUGUCAAUCAUAAUGGUUCUCCUGCAGAACCUGCUGCCACGGACAAUUAUUUUGAGGUAGCUAUAAAUUAUGCACCACAGCCUUUAGUCAGUUCUAAGAAGGCUAUGAAGAGUAGUGCUUGUCAGAAACUGUUGUCCAUCCUUGCUUCUGCCGACUCUCUGGUGGCUUCAAGAGAAGAUAAUUCCGACAGUGAAUCCCGUACCUGGUCUUCAUACCAUGGUUCUGGUGAAGCUUCAGAUUACGCUUCAGUGGCUACAUCUGGUGCAAAAGUAGAUAGAGAUUUUGGCUUUGAUGAUUGUGGUACACCUGCUGAAAGGGUCAAGAAGAGGAGGCGUACUAGUGGCUCAAACAAAGCAGAGGUUGCUUCUGGGAAGAAAAGCUCAUCCAAGAAAAACAAGGAUAGGGGGGCUUUAACUAAUGUUAUUGUAGUAGAUGAACUUGGGGAUCUGAAUGGUGAUGAAGAUUUGCCAGAAAAGCUAGUCGCAUCAUGGAAGGAAGGCAUUAAUGGUGUUGGUCAGGAUUUUAAAAGUGUUAAGGAGUUCCGAGAGACAUUGCACAAGUAUGCCAUUGCAAAUCGAUUUGUGUACAGAUUAAAGAAGAAUGACACUAACCGUGCAAGUGGUAGAUGUCUCAUUGAAGGCUGUUCUUGGAGGAUUCACGCAUCUUGGGUUCAUGCUGAUCAAACAUUCAGGAUCAGAAAGUUUAAUGAUGAACAUACAUGUGGCGGGGAAUCUUGGAAGUCUGCCCAUCCUGGUAAAAAUUGGUUGGUGAGCAUCAUCAAAGAAAAAAUACGGGAUUCUCCCAAUGAAAAGCCAAGGGAUGUUGCUAAAGCCAUAUUGCACGACUUUGGAAUUAAACUGAAGUAUUCACAAGUUUGGCGAGGAAUCAAGGAUGCAAAAGAGCAACUUCAGGGUUCUUAUAGGAAGUCCUACAGUCGGUUGCCUUGGUUUUGCAAAAAAUUAAUGGAAUCAAACCCAGGAAGUGUCACUAAGCUUGUGAUUAGUGAUGAGGACAAAAGGUUCAAACACCUUUUCUUCUCAUUCAGCGUGGCUGUGAAUGGCUUCACAAACGGAUGCCGGCCACUCAUUUUUCUAGAAGCUUCGUCUCUGAGGUCAAAGUACAAAGAGAUGCUGUUGACUGCAAAUGCUGUUGAUGCAGAUGAUGGGUUCUUUCCUGUUGCUUUUGCCAUAGUCGAUAUUGAAAAUGGUGAUAGAUGGCAGUGGUUCUUGGAGCAACUGAAAUCUGCAAUUUCAACUUCGCAACAACCUGCAGUGACUUUCAUUUCGGAUCGAGAGAAGAGUAUAGAGAAGCAUGUGCGCGAUGUGUUUGAGAACAGUUAUCAUGGCUAUUCAAUUUUUCAUCUCAUGGAGAGCUUAAAGAAAAACAUGAAGGGCCCGUUUCAAGGUGAUGGCCGAGGAGUCAUACCUGCUGUUUUCCUGGCUGCUUCCCAUGCUGUCCGUCUAGAGGCUUUCAGUAGCCUCACUGAGCAAAUCAAACAUGUUUCCUCCACCACUUAUGACUGGGUCAUCCAGAUCGAUCCUGCACAUUGGACAACUUUGUUAUUUAAGGGCGUACCAUAUAAUCAUAUCAUACAGAACCCUGCAGAGGAAUACUCUAAAGUGAUUGAUGACAUGCGGGGAUCAACUGUGAUGCAGAAGAUUGAAGCUCUGGUAAGUAAGUUGACCAACACGAUGAAUCAUCGUAGGGAAGAGGCCAGGAAUUGCUCCACCAGACUUGCUCCAUCAAAAGAGAAACAGCUAGUAGAAAAAGCUGUGAAGGCACGCAGUUUGAAUGUUUUGUUCUCAUCUGAAGUGGUUUUUGAGGUUCAUGAUGACUUAACACACGUGGUCAACAUUGAAAACCUGCACUGCACAUGCUUGGAGUGGAAAUUCAGCGGGCUCCCUUGUUGCCAUGCUGUCGCUGUUUUCCUCUCAACUUCCAAAAGUGUGUAUGACUAUUGCCCACAUUGGUUCACAGUUGAAAGCUUCCGUUCAGCGUAUUCUGAGCUCAUAAACCCUAUUUCUGGUAUUGGGAGACCGGUUGAGGAUGAAGUUGAUUAUGAGAGUGCAGAUGUGCAUCCCCCUCUUACUCCUCGGUUUCCAGCUCAACAAAAAGAAGAGACCCCCAAGAUACUAGACUCGAAUAGGAGGACGGUUAUAUGCAGCAAGUGCAAGGAACCUGGACAUAACAAGGCUUCGUGCAAGGCCACUAUAUAGUUCAUACACCUCCCUGAUUAAUUGUUACUGCAUCCUGUACAGUUUCAAUACUUUAUACGAGUACUUUAUAGGGUUUGCUAGGUUGUGCUUUUAUUGAUAUAGUUAGUAUACAGUGCUGUUAUCUAAGAGUAAAACACUUUAGAUUGCAUCUGCAAAAACCCAUAUAUCCAUGUUUAGUACCUAUAAACACCCUUCUAACCUUUAUUAGUCAGAGGGAUGAAGCAAUUUUUACUCUUAAUUAA